AUGAGGAUAUACUCCAGUCUCUGGAACGCUGACGAGUGGGCCACUCAAGGCGGUCGAGUCAAGACGGACUGGACUCUAUCUCCAUUCACGGCCUCAUACAGAAACUUCAGUGCCAAUGCUUGCAUUUGGUCUUCUGGAGCAUCUUCUUGCAGUUCAAGUUCUUCAUCUUCAACCUCUGGCACCAGGGCAUGGUUCAGACAAGGGCUAGAUGCAAAAAGUCGGGUGAAGUUGAGAUGGGUGCAAAAGAACUACAUGAUUUAUAACUACUGCACGGACACAAUGAGAUUUCCAGAAGGUAUAGCUCCAGAAUGCGGUAUGAAUUAG